AUGAUGAGGGCCGUGAUCCCCUUCAUGAGGGAGAAGAAGUCGGGCGCCAUCGUCAACAUCGCCAGCACGGCCGGGACCUCGGGGGCCGUGGCUGGGAUUGCGUACACGUGUAGCAAGCACCGCUUGAUCGGAGCAACCAAGAACAUGGCCUGGCGCUUCCGCAAGGAAGGCAUCCGAUGCAACGCCGUGUUGCCUGGCGCCGUGGACUCGAGGAUCGGAAAGGCCAUCGGGGCGGGCCAUGGGGGUGAGUAAGACGCCGAGACCUACGUGCAGGUCGAGCCCGUUCAUGCGUUGCACGCGCAGGCUUCCGAGUUUUUCGGCGACCAACAUCACACCGCUCGAGGUCUCCCAGACUGUGGUGUUCCUGGCGAUGGAUCAGACGUGGACGAUCAACGGGGUCAGUCUACCUAUCGGCCAGGCGUGGAAUGUCGUCUGACAAGAGUGCAUUCGAGGCGUUUGCCUAGAACAAGCGUCCGAUGUCUGAUUCCAGGGCCUGUGUCUCUCUGUCAUUCUUGGUAGUUGGAAGGCUGCUUAAAUUUGUACUUUGACUGCACGUGCCCAAUGCAC